AUGCCACCAAAGAAGAAGGGCAGCAAGAAGCAGCAGGAGGAUUGGGAAACCGAGCUUGGAGAAACUAUUCCGCCCGCCACCAGUACAGUUGCCGCUGCCAAUGAGGACGGCAACGACGCUGCCAACGAUGCGAAUUAUAAGAGAGAUGAAGACGAGGAAAUGUCUGGCGGCCUUCUAGCAGCGCUCAAGAAAAACAGGAGCAAGAAAGCCAAGAAAGGAAAGGGGGCAGAUAAUGACUUCGUUGAGGGUGAAGAUCCGAUGGUUGCUACUACUACUAAUGACGAGAGCAAGCAGCCACAAGAAGCUAGCUUUGAGGGUGAUGAGGAUGAUGUAUUUUCAGGGAAUGCUGGCGCUCGGCAGAGGGCGAAGGAGAAGGCGGCGGCGCUGAAAGAAAAGGCUAAGGAAACGGCGGAGGAGGAAGGGGGGAGGUUGAAAUCUAAGAAGGAGAAGGAGAAGGAGAAGAAGGAGAGAGAGAAGCAGAGGAAGAAGGAGCAGGCUGCGAAGAAGAAGACCGUUACUCCUGCUCCUUCCUCCGCACCAAAGGCUGAGCCUACUAAGCCUGUUGAAGAAAAACCUGUCGCUCCCGCUGCUGAUACUGGCGGGAAGAAGAAGAAGAUCCCCGCCCAUCUCGCUGCGAUUCAGAGGCAGCAAGAGGCUCUACGAAAACAACAAGAGGAAAUUGCCCGUCUAGAGGCGGAGGAGAAGGCCGCAGCUGAAGAGCGGGCGAGGAAGCUAGCAGAAGAGGAGCGGAAAAAGGAGGAAGCUCGACAAAGGAAAAAGGAAAAGGAGCGGGAGAAGAAAGAACAGCUAAGAAAAGAGGGCAAAUUGCUAACCAAGGCACAGAAGGAGGCACAACAACGAAAUGAGCUCCGGAAGCAGCAGAUGCUUGCGGCUGGCGCAGUGGUCCAGGGGUUAGAAGAGCCUGCGGAAAAGAAGAAGCCGGUAUACGAGAGUAAAAAGAAACGCCCUGUGAAGAAAUUAGAGGAUGACCUCGAGGCUGCUGCUGCUAGAGCUGAGGCUCAACGACUAGAACUCGAAGCUGAAAUGGCUAAGAAAGCGGAAGAGGAUCGUAAACGUGCAGAAGAGAAAGCGGCUGCGGAAGCUGCUGCCCAGGCCUCCGCGAAGGAAGCGGAAGAUGAUGGUAUUAAAGAAAGCUGGGAUAUAUCAUCAGACGAAGAAGAGGAAGAAGAAAAAGGGAAGACAGACCAGGUGAGCCAGAUGGGCCAAAACAAGAGUCCAGAAGAAAAUGGUGCCGCCAAGGGUGAAACAUCUCCAGAGGAGUCUGAGGAGGAAUCAUCCGAAGAAGAAGACGAAGAGGCUACAGCAGCUCAACGAGCUAUUGCUCAGAAAAAAGCGGAGGCAGCAGAAAGACGGAGGAAGCAGCAUGAAGAGGCCCUUGCGGCAAGGUCCGCGGAUAAUCUCCGUUCUCCUAUUUGCUGUAUUCUUGGACACGUCGAUACCGGUAAGACGAAACUCUUGGAUAAAAUCAGACAAACAAAUGUACAGGAGGGAGAGGCUGGAGGUAUCACACAACAGAUUGGUGCUACAUAUUUCCCCGCAGAUGCCCUGAAGCAAAAGACCACCGUUGUCAACAAAGACGGCUCCUUUGAAUUCAAAGUUCCUGGUCUGCUUGUUAUUGAUACUCCCGGUCACGAGUCGUUCUCCAAUCUACGUUCAAGAGGCUCUUCACUUUGUAACAUUGCCAUUCUCGUGGUUGAUAUUAUGCACGGCUUGGAACCGCAAACACUCGAGUCCAUGAAAUUGCUUCGUGACCGAAAAACACCCUUCAUUGUCGCGCUAAACAAGAUCGAUCGUCUCUAUGGCUGGAAGAAGAUCGAUAACAACGGCUUCCAAGAUAGUUUGGCUCUGCAGAAUAAAGGUGUCCAGAAUGAAUUCAGAGACCGAGUCGACAAGACCAAGCUUGCGUUCGCGGAACAAGGGUUUAACUCUGAAUUGUACUGGGAAAAUAAGUCCAUGGCUCGAAACGUGUCUCUUGUUCCUACCUCUGCACAUACAGGUGAAGGUGUUCCAGACAUGCUCAAGCUGCUUGUUGCCCUCACACAGGAGCGUAUGACCAAACAACUCAUGUAUCUCACCGAGGUCGAGUGUACUGUUCUCGAAGUUAAAGUAAUUGAAGGCCUUGGUACAACAAUCGAUGUUGUUCUGUCGAACGGUGUGCUGCGUGAAGGUGAUCGUAUUGUUAUGUGUGGCCUAAACGGAGCUAUUGCGACAAACAUUCGAGCACUAUUAACACCCGCACCACUUAAAGAGCUGCGCCUCAAAUCGCAAUACGUUCAUAAUAAGGAAGUCAAGGCGGCGCUUGGUGUUAAAAUUGCAGCCAACGAUCUCGAACACGCUAUUGCUGGGUCUCGACUACUUGUGGUUGGGCCAGAUGACGACGAGGAAGACCUCGAAGAUGAAGUCAUGUCUGACCUGGAGAGCCUCCUCAGCAAAGUGUCCAAGGACAACCGCGGAGUCAGCGUGCAGGCCUCCACCCUCGGUUCCCUCGAAGCCCUCCUCGAGUUCCUCCGCGUUUCAAAGAUCCCCGUCGCCAACAUCUCUAUCGGCCCUGUCUACAAGCGCGACGUCAUGCGCGCCGGUACUAUGUUAGAGAAAGCCAAACAGUUUGCCGUCAUGCUUUGUUUCGACGUUAAAGUUGACAAGGAAGCUCAAGCGUACGCCGAGGAAGUUGGGAUCAAAAUCUUCACUGCAGACAUCAUCUACCACCUCUUCGACGAUUUCACCAAACACAUGGAGCAGAUCACUGAGCAGAAGAAAGAGGAGAGUAAACUGCUCGCUGUGUUCCCCUGCGUGCUCAAUACCGUUGCCGUGUUUAACAAGAAGGAUCCCAUCGUCAUCGGUGUGGAUGUCGUCGAAGGCUCGUUGCGCCUGCUCACACCCAUCGCUGCCGUCAAAACCAACCCAGUCACCGGCGUGAAAGAGAUUAUUAGCCUAGGCAGAGUACAAUCAAUCGAGCGCGAACACAAGCAGAUCCCGCUCUGCAAGAAAGGCCAGCCGUCAGUGGCUGUCAAAAUCGAAGGCCCCAACCAACCCCUCUACGGCCGCCAACUCGAGGAGAAAGACACUCUAUACUCGCUCAUAUCGCGGCCUAGUAUCGACACGCUCAAGGAGUUCUAUCGAGCCGAUGUCUCGAUGGAUGAAUGGUUGCUUAUCAAGAAAUUAAAACCGUUGUUUGAUAUCCCUUGA